CAAUAGUCGACCCUCAAAACUUUCGGAACUCUCAAAAGCGAGAAAAUCUCUGAAAAUAUUUUUUAGGGCUUUCCAUAACUGCUAUUGGAUCUUCAAAGGGUUUUCGAAAUAUAUAAUCGGAUUAAGUUCUUAAUCUGAUUGAUUUUUCAAAAUAAAAAAAAAAGCUCUUCUUCAUCUUCUACGGUUACGGAAUCUUUAGAGUAGGGAUAAAUUUUUGAAGGGAUAAAGGAUUCUUAUUGAUUAGAGACUUUUUAUAAAAAUAUGAAGCGAUCGCGGAAAACCAACAGGGUUUCUUGGGCUCCAGGUGUUGAUCUUUGUCAGGUGAAGCUGUUUCUGAAAGAGGAUUUUCCCUCAGAGGUUGGUGUUGAACAUCAAGAUACUCUUCAAGCAAAUACAUCACGGGCAUUGCAUCCCAGUGGCAUGUGUGCUUCUGACCUUCCCCCUGGGUUUGAAGGCGGUCAUUACGUGGGUAGUUUUAAGUGUAAUCUAGCUAAGAUACCUAGGAUCCAAUGGAGAAUCCCUCCUAAGCAGUUUUCCCUGGAUUUUAACUGGCACGUUGUAGCCGGUGAAGAAAGCAAGGAAGUGGAGGCUCAGAAACUGCGAGAAAAGAGAGUGCUUGAAGCAAUUUAUCCUCGCCUCUCUGUUAUUCCUCCCAAGUAUGUUCCUCCUGUUUCUCCGAAUGUAGAAGUUGAAUGCUACGAUGAUAGCCGAAUCUCUCUUGUUCCUCUAACGCCAAUCGAAGAUGAUGAGGGUGCAGAUGUAUCUUCUUGUAUUGCUGCUCAAGCAAAACCGGCCUCUAACUUUGAGACACUAGCAUUGCUAAUGCCCCCACGUCUGUCAAACUCUGGAACUCCUAAUAUGCCACAUUGCCCUGCUUCAGCAACCGAGGCACCUAAACCCGGUGUAAGCUCUGGUAUGAUGGAAGCUGCUUUGGUUGCCUUAACCACAGUCAUGAAAAGCAAAGAGCAGGGAAGUUUGGUAGACACUGAUUUGCUUGUCAAAAUCCUUGGUGAUCCAAAAAUGGUUGACAAAUUAAUUCACAAUCAUGGACAUCCAAGUGUUGCUGCUGAUGGCAAUGUGGUAAAUGCACCUUCAUUUGUUUCACAGCCAGAAACAGGACUUUCUUCUUUACCCUGCUCAAAACCUGCUACAAUUUCAUCACAAAUGCCAGCUGAUAGAAACUCAAAUCACUUGGUAAAAGAGUUCCAACCUGCGUUAAGUAUGCCGGUUUCUAGGGCCGACAUCGUUUCGAAUUCUAUGCCAAUGAGAGUAGAAUCAUCAUCGUUUCCCUUACCCGGUACGAACGUAAGUAUGAUUUCGGGAUAUGGGGCAGCAAAUGGUACUACUGCUGCUUACACAACAUCGAACCAGGUACAACCUGCUCUUAGUAUGAUGCCGAUGCCGAUGCCAAUGCAGCCAGCCAUUACUACAACAACAGCCAUGCAAACAAUGGCAGAAAACACAGUGAAGGAUGCUAACUAUUUUAAGAACCUGAUAAGGGAACAUGGAAGACAAAAGGAAGAAGCUAAAGCAUAUAAUAUCCCACAAACUGGAAGUCAUUUGAAUCACAUCCAGAUCUUAAAACCCGGUGCGUUGAAAACUAAGUUUCAAACACCAUGCAAGUUCUAUAACAAGUCGAACGGGUGUCGUCAGGGGUCCAAUUGCCCCUUCAUGCAUGUUAACAAUUCAUUACAUUGGCAAACUGGUGGAACGUUGGAAGCUUCGGGUGCUAAGAGAAUGAAACUAAGCGAGGAAUUUAGUGGUAGGAUAUGAGCUAGAUGGAGUUUUGGUUUGUCUUGAGG